AUGUUUGCUGUCAUACGAAGUCUAUUAAGUUUAGCUUCGGUCGCAGCUGUACAUCGUUGUAAUUCCUAUGCAUAUUUUUCACUUGCCACUCCUUAUUGUUCAGCAAAACAAUCAGAUGAAAAAACAAAAGCACAAACAGCUAAACCUACAGAAGAUACAAUCUUUGGCAAAAUUGCAAGAAAAGAAAUAAAAGUUGAUUUACUUCAUGACGAUGAUCAGUGUGUAGCAUUUCAUGAUGUAAAUAAACAAGCACCAUCACAUUUUUUAGUUAUUCCAAAAGAACCUAUUCCACAAUUAUCAGCUUGUACAUCAUCACAUGAAAAAUUACUUGGCCAUUUGUUAAUUGUUGCAACACAAGUUGCUAAAAAACAAGGUCUUUCCGAUGAUGGUUAUCGUUUAGUUAUUAAUAAUGGACGAAAUGCAUGUCAGAGUGUUUAUCAUCUUCAUAUUCAUGUACUCGGUGGAAGACAACUUGAUUGGCCACCUGGUUAA